AUAUAACUUUAUUGUCUAGAGUUCCGGUAACAGAUGGGGGAAUCCAAGAUGGCGGCUGUCAAGAAAGCUAAAAAUAAAGUAAAGAGGUACUAUGAAGAACAAGAUGAACAUCAGACCCCAGGAGGGAAUGUGGAUGGGACAGAUAACCAGACAGAAUCACCUAAAGAUGUUCCACAACUUCCAACAGAACAAAAAUCAAGACGAAAGAGAGUAAAAGGAGAUUUGAAGAAGUCAGGGAGUAACUUUAUCUCAGGGGCUAAAGAUCCCUUUCCUGGUUCAGUUUCUGUACCUGAAAAUCGUCUUUUAAAGUAUGAGAGAGCAAGAAAAUCAAAACUGGGCAGGAAAUAUUCCCCUUAUGUUCAGCACCACUUGAAGACCCAAGAGAAUGAUGUGCAGACUGCGCUGGGGCAAGCAGCCAGGCAUGAUAUACUUCUGCCAGAGGAGGAAGGAUUUCUAGAGGGGGAUGAGGGCCAGGACACAUGCACUAUAACUCAAGAAGACAUUGCAGAGAUGGUGGACAUAACCAGUGCAUCAAAGCAUUUCAACCUGAACCUCAAUCAGUUUGGCCCAUACAGAAUUAACUACGCUCGCAAUGGAAGACACCUUUUGCUCGCGGGGCAGCGUGGUCAUUUAGCAUCCCUGGAAUGGCAGUCCAAGAAGCUCAUCUGUGAAAUGAAUGUGAUGGAAACUGUUAAUGAUGUGAAGUGGUUGCACACACAUACCAUGUAUGCAGCGGCUCAGCGGCGCUGGCUUUAUAUCUAUGACUCUCAGGGUGUUGAGCUUCAUUGCAUAAAAAAGUUUAAUGAUGUUUUGCGUAUGGAAUUUUUGCCAUAUCACUUCCUGCUAGCAACAUGUAGUUCCACUGGAUUCCUCCAGUACUUGGAUGUCUCUGUUGGGAAAGAAAUUGCAGCUACAUGUGUAAAAUCAGGAAGACUAAACGUAAUGUGCCAGAACCCCAACAAUGCAGUUAUACACCUGGGACAUCACAAUGGGACAGUGUCGCUCUGGAGCCCAUCCAUGAAAGAGCCACUCGUAAAAAUGUUGUGCCACCGUGGGGCAGUGAGAGCCCUAAGUGUUGAUAAAACAGGAAUGUACAUGGCUUCUUCUGGCCUGGACAGGAAGCUGACCAUUUUUGACAUGCGUACUUACCGACCACUCACUUCCUGUCUUCUUCCACUUGGUGCAGGAUCCCUGUGUCAUAGCCAAAAGGGGCUGUUAGCAGCAGGAACAGGGGACAUUGUGCAGGUUUAUAAGGACACUAGCGUCUCUCCUCCCCGCUCCCCUUAUAUGUGUCUACAAGUCAAAGGCCCUAUUCAUGGGCUUCAGUUCUGCCCCUUUGAAGAUAUUUUGGGUAUUGGGCAUGGAGGAGGCUUUACAAGUAUGAUCGUGCCAGGUGCUGGAGAAGCCAAUUUUGAUGCUAUGGAGUGUAAUCCUUAUGAGACCAAAAAGCAAAGACAGGAAUGGGAAGUUAAAGCCCUACUGGAGAAGAUCCAACCAGAACUCAUUACUUUGGACCCAACUCAGCUAGGAGAGGUUGAUGCUAUCACCAUGGAACAGAAGCACAAAGAGAAAGUGGAGAGACUGGGAUUUGAUCCUCAUGAAAAAACCCCUUUUGUACCCCGCCACAAGUUAAAGGGUCGGAGUUCUUCAGCAAAUUUGCUAAAACGCAAAAAGAAGGUGGCACAUGAAGAGCAAAGGGAACAGAUUCGAAAAAGUAUUAAAGUUAAAGAAAAACAGAAAGAACAGAAGAAGAGCAGAGAAGGGAUAAGAUCCCCAGCUGAACAGUCAGCCUUAGACCGAUUCAAAAAGUGAGAAACACAAAGGCUUGGCAGAGACUUUUUUUUUUCAGAAACCACAUUGAUUCCACAUUCAUGAGCAGCAAUGCUAAAAUUCCAUUUUUAACAACCGAUAUUUCUCUCAUCUUUUGUGCUCAAGGCAUUUGCAUUUUCUUACCCACUAUACAGCACUCAUUGAGUGUCAUUUUGUCUCAUGGGAAAGUUUUUACUUUGACUGUGGUUUAUAGCAUUUUCUAGUCCUACGCCUACUGUAUAUAUGUUUAAUAAUACAUUUUUACUGUGCCUGUAAUUCUCAAGUAAAUAAUGUAUGGAAGUUUAA